AGCUGGCGUUUAGUUGUUAUCUGGACGGCAUCAGAGAAACACUCACAAUGACGGAAGAUCGGCCAGCAGAGGGAGAAAUUGUCAGGUGUCAGUUGUUUGAGGUGGGCCCACGCUACUUCAACCUCUCCUACAUAGGAGAAGGAGCCUAUGGCAUGGUAGUGUCAGCAAAUGACAGUGUAACCAAAACUAAGGUGGCUAUCAAGAAGAUAUCCCCUUUUGAACAUCAAACCUACUGCCAGAGAACCCUUCGAGAGAUCAAAAUAUUAACGAGGUUCAAACAUGAAAAUGUGAUAGAUAUCCGUGACAUAAUAAGAUCCCAGAAGAUAGACGCAAUGAAGGAUGUUUAUAUUGUACAGUGCUUAAUGGAAACAGAUUUAUACAAGCUACUUAAGUCUCAGAAACUGAGUAAUGACCAUAUUUGUUACUUUCUCUAUCAAAUCCUCCGAGGCUUGAAAUAUAUCCAUUCUGCGAAUGUUCUUCACCGUGAUUUGAAACCAUCUAACUUGCUACUGAACACCACAUGUGACCUGAAGAUCUGUGACUUUGGUUUAGCUCGAGUUGCUGACCCAGAACAUGACCACACUGGCUUUCUAACAGAAUAUGUUGCCACUCGCUGGUACCGUGCUCCAGAAAUUAUGCUCAAUUCUAAGGGCUACACCAAGUCGAUUGAUAUUUGGUCUGUGGGGUGCAUCUUAGCAGAGAUGCUGUCAAACCGUCCUCUUUUCCCUGGAAAACAUUAUCUAGAUCAGCUAAACCACAUUCUUGGCAUUCUGGGCUCACCAUGUCAAGAGGAUCUUGAUUGCAUCAUCAAUGAAAAGGCAAGAAGUUACCUACAAUCUUUACCAUACAAGCCAAAGGUUCCUUGGACAAAGCUCUACCCUAAUGCUGAUGCCAAAGCAUUGGACCUGUUAGACAAGAUGCUGACCUUCAAUCCUCACAAACGUAUUACUGUUGAAGAGGCCCUUGCCCAUCCAUACUUGGAGCAGUAUUAUGAUCCUGCAGAUGAGCCUGUUGCUGAGGAACCUUUCAAAUUUGAAAUGGAACUUGAUGACUUGCCAAAGGAGAAGCUUAAAGAACUAAUCUUUGAAGAAACGGUGUUAUUUAAGCAACGUAUUACUGCUGAAACACCUAUGCAGCAAAACUGAAGUAGAAGAUAGGUUAUAAAAGUGACUUGAGAAAUGAGCAGUAUAGUAUGAACAGGCUAACUUCUUUGGGAGGACAUUUAUGGAAAUGUCUGGAAACUUUUGGCAAGCCAGCCUGUUUGCUAAAGAUUCAGGUAUUACCAAGAAAUGUGUUAUAUUGUCACUGAAGAAUGCUGUGUUUAGGCCAGCGGAGAUCAUUACUCUUGAAAGCCCAUUUGGGUUUGCGGGACCUGAACCAAAGGGCAUGAUCUCUGUGUGAUGAAAAUUGGACAAGUGCCUCUCCUUAAGGUUCAUUCAGGCAAUACAUAAAAGACUGAGUGUUUCAUCUGGGAAGUGAGCCUGCAAAGAGUUCAUCUGACAUAAGUGAUGGAAAAGAUUUGAUGACAAUAUGAACAAUGGGGGCAAGAUAUCUGAUGGCUCAGAGUGUGAAUUUGAGAAAAGUUUCUUCCAAGAAUCUAAUAACUACUUUCAAUAUUGUGGCACUUUUACCCAACAUGUGUUUCACAUGUGGCAGGUAAUUGCAUAAAUUUUAGAAAGUUUUAAGUUACAUGAUUCUUCAGAAGUAAAGGGACAUAAUUCUUACAAAUUAAUUUCCUUCUAGAGUAACUGUGGUGUUUACUUAAGUGGUAGCGAUCAUUUAUGCCUCUUAGACAGUCAAUGCCAUGCUACUUUGGAAGUGCUGAUGAGGAAAUAAUUCUGAGGAAGGUGUUGCUCAUAACCCUUGAAAUGUGGUAAUAAUGGCAAUGUGGAGCUUUUGGGGGGAAAUGGGGGGGGUAGAUGAGGGUUGGGGAGAGGUUAUUUCGUAUGGGAUAUUGGGGCUGUAAUGCAUUUUUUAACAUCAGUCAAAUGUAACUCCUAUAAUGCUGACUACUUAAGUCAAAAUUAAAAAUAUAUCUGCAUUCCAACUACAGUAGUAUGUGUCUACCUGAAGAAUCAAUUAGAAUACACUGCUGUCAAUUUUGAGAGGACAUGAUAUUUAUUCAGCAUUGGGAAUAUUAAUUGUCAUUUUACCCUAAAACCAAAGUAAAGAAUGUUUAAAUAAAAAGUAUAAAAAAAAAAUUGGUAAUAUGUUGGUAGUGUUUUUAAUGAAAUCGUGUACGCAGGUGAGCAUUUUCCUUGAGACACAUUGUCUUAGGACAGGAGGUUCUCUCAACACCUUGACCUGUAUGUUGACCAUACAGCAUAGCUAAUUGAAAUGUGUUACAGGAUUUGGUUCUUAGGAAGAUCCUACUUUAAGCUAAUAGUCUAUAGUUUAAUUAACAGUUAAAAAUAAUAGUGACUUGCAUAGUUCAUAAAUUUUCAAUAUUAUGUUGGCUAUGAAAUAAGAAUCUACCAUGUCAUGUCAACCUGACACCAAGAUAAAUGAAUGAAUAUUAAAAUUUACUUGUAUUUGUGUCCAUAUUAAGAAGAGUAUGAAGUCUUCUUAGUUGGGUAUAAAAAUGUUUGAAUUUAUCUUAUAUUAUUUUUAUAGGGCUUUAAUAUUGUAUUUAAUGGGUUGAGCAAGCAUUUCUGAUACUAAAAAUGUCAUGAAUUAUAUUUUAUGACAGGAAGGAUAUGCAAGGUGUUGAUCAUUGAUCACAUGUCAGGGAUAUACUUAAACAGAUAAGCAGCAUUAUAGGGAACAAGCCUUUAAUAAUGAGAUCCCAAGAUUUCUGUAACGAGCAUAUCAUGUCCCAAUUGUAGACUGAGGUCCAAGGGUACACACUGGGCAGUGCCCAAAGUUGUAUGCAGACAGCAUAAGUUAUUCAAGAAUCAUGCAUUUAUAAUUUUAGCUCAAGAUUAUUAUGUACAUCUCAAAUUUAUUCUUUUAUUUUCCAAAGUCCAAUGAAGUAUAUAAGAAUUCUUACAUUUUGUGCAAAAUAUUGAAAAAUAUCCUGUGUCAGAUUUGUGAUUGAGAAUGAGUUUGUGGAUUAAUUAGGUAAGUGCUGACAGCUUAAUAAAUAUCAGACUUUUCUAUAUUUGCUGUCAUCUAUUUUCUCUGUUAAUAGCUGUUACUUUUGCACUUUAGUGAAUGCUAGGAAAAUAACCUCCAUACAAAUGGCAGUAAAAAUAUCAUAGUGUGUUUUGAUGAUAAAGAGGUCUAUUGCUGUCUCUUGAUACCUCAAGUUUGUAGACAGUCAUGGUAAGUGUAAUUGUAUGUGGGCAUAAUUGUUAUGUGUCAUGUUAUUUGUAUCAUCUUGUUCCCUCACUGUGAGGUGAUCCAUUUAUUAGGCCAGAGUUGGUAUAUAGUCUUGAGAUAUUAGUAAUAACAACCUAUUUUUCAUAGUUGAAUGUGCCAUAAGGAGUCCCUAUCAUAUGAGCAGGGAUUUUUAACAAAAGAUUUCCAUUUCCAUUUCAUAGUCAGGCAUGCCAGUAUUUUUUUAUCCUGAAAUGUCUUUGGGUAUUAAGAAUAAUUUCAAACUA